CAUUUAAUUCAUUUCCGCUUAGAGGUUGAAACGUAAAGUACGUUCUCGUGUUGAAAAGUUGUAAAUGAUAUUUUUCAAUAGUUAGUCUAUAUAAUAAUCAUUUGCAAAUUCAAAUUUACGCAACAAUACGUAUUUCUUAACAAAAUUUUAUUUGUUUUGGUAUUUAGCGUCAAGAUAUAUACUUGUUUUGCCAAUAUGGAAGUCUUAGGGCGUUGGCUUGCCAUAUGGCGUCUCCGAUAUUAGGUGAAUCGCGUGAAAUAUCUUUUUAGAACUGAGACUGAGUGAACAUUUCAAGUGCUACGUACGUUUACGUUAUAGUAGGAAUUCUAAAAAUUAAAAAUGCCCAGAAUUGAUCCGUUGAAGCUGUUGGGGUGCCUUUCGAUACUUCUGACCCCAGAGGGCGGCAUUUUAUCCAGGGACGAAGUCGUACGCCUAGUCAACCUAAUGACUAAAUUCUCAAAAAAAUUAGUCAGCAAAUGCGUGUACGUUCUGAUUUUAAAAAGUACGGAAAUUGAACUGGUCGAUAUGUUUAUGGCGGAGGGAGGAUGGGCCCUGAUCCAGACUUGGUUACAGGAAGCUGUGCAGACCGGCAAUUGGGAUCUUGUGAAGGAAAUAUUAGGGCUGCUGCUCAUCACCCCGGUGGACGUAGAACGUCUGAAGCUGAAUAUCUUGCCAAAGCUUAUCAAGAGUUUGUCGAGGCGAGGCGAACUGGAAGGUGUGGCUGAAUUGUCUACGAAACUUGUGCAGCAUUGGCUGGUUAUUGUUAAGGGAUCCAACAAUCCUUCUCCUAAACAAGCCGUAGUGGCAUCUGAUGUAAUUGAGAUUUCUAAUGCCGAUACUACUGUUGUCGACAUGAAACCUGUGUCUGAAGAAGAAAAAGGUGUAGAACUAGAAACGGUUAGUACUGAAACAUUCUACAAACCUGCAGACAAAGAAGUGAGAUUGAAUAAUAGAAAACUUUCGGAAGAAGAACCAGAAGCGGCAGCUGAAGAACCACUAAAAGCUGAGGAGGAAAAGAGUAAAUCUUCGUCAAAGGGUUCUAAAAAUAGUUCCAGCAGUAAGUCUGGUAGUAGCAAGGAUAAGGAGAAAAGCAAAGAUAGGAAUAGGGACAAGAGUCAGGACAAGGGUAAAGAUAGAGAUAAGGACAGAAACAGAGAUAAAGAUAGGAAAUCAAAAAGCAGUUCUUCUAGCAAACACAGAAGCAGCAGUUCAACAGAUGAGAAGGAUAGGGAGAGGAGUAAUAAAGACAAAAGUGGCAGGGAUAAGGAUAGAGCUGAUAGAGACAAAGACAGAAGUGAUAGGGAUAAGCGCAAAUCUAAUAGCAGUUCAAAGUCCAGCGGUAGUUCCAGCAGAGAAAAGAGUAAGGACUCCAAAGAUAAGGUCAAGGACAAAGAUAGUGGUAAAGAUAAACCUGUCGAAAAGGAAAAUCAGGCGGAAAAAGACAAGGACACCUUGGAGAUUAUUAAACCACCUACCAUUGAUAAACUAGGUAGGAUUCCGAAGAAACCCAGCGUCGUGGCUGCAGCCGCGGCCGCUGAAGAAGAAUUGAGGGAAUCUAAGAAAAAAGCUUUCUCCAUAGGUGUAAGAAAAGAUCGCGAAGAACGUCCUAAAACCGUUAAAAUCUUCAAUUCAAAAAUGAGAUCGACGGGUUUGGAGGAGGAGGUGAAGCCAGCUCCUGCUCGAGCAGUGAAGAAACCCACCCCUUCAUUGCAGCUGCCGACGAUUCCUAUGAAACGCCCGUCGCCCCCAAGAGACAUCAAAGACCCCAUCAUACCGCCAGAAAAGAAGUUGAGAAUGGAUAAGGUUGACAUCCCCGACAGGCCAGGCGCCAUCAAGCUGAUCCCCCCUAAACCCAAACCGGUUCUUCUGCAAGAGAGCGACCUCUUCAUGGACGCCAUCACAGCGGCCACAACCAAAAAAGAACCAAAGAAGAGAAAACGGAGACCCAGCGUGACUAAAGAUGCCAGUCCACAAUCUCCCUCUUCAUCCCCAUCUCGCGAGCAACCGCAAACUCCAACCUCCCCUACGCAAACGGGGGCGAAUACGUCACCUCUCGGCCUGAAGAACAUCGCACCCAUCAACUUCUACCAAGACACGCUCACCGAGGUUAAAGAAGAAGAAAAACCAGAUGUCGUUGAGAAUGGCGUUUCGAAAAAUGCCGAGGAAAAAAUGGAGACCGAUGCCCAGGAUAACGUAAAAGAAGAGCUAUCUGGUGGUUCACCUCCAGCAACUCCCACCGACGAAACUCCGGAGGAAGCAGAAUUGGGUACCAAAAGAACAAACACCGAUGGCGAACUCAAGGGUGUUUUGCUUCACACUAAAAAGACGGGACCUAAGCGAUCCAUUUCCUGGAAGAGCGAAGCCGACCUGGUGGAGAUUCGCUACUUCGAACUGGACGAAACCGAAAGAGUGAACGUCACCAAAACCUUCGGUGAUAUGGCCAAAAUGGAUAUCUCCAGCGAGAGGGAAGCCCUGCAGCUCUCCCGCAAGCUCGGCGGCGAGGAUACAAUGGAGCCGCAGAUCAUGUGGAGGAUCCCCUUCAUUAUAGAUCAGGACGAUCCUCUUGCCGUACCUGGAAAUAAAAGUCUGGAAAAGGAUAUUCAGUUCGCCAGGGAGAAAAACGUUCUUCAAGCUCUAUAUUUUGACAAGAGGAGGAUUCCGAACAGCCCCGAGGAACCCAUCCCGGAGAACCACCAAAUGAGUGACCCCAUACAUAUUCCUCUGGAGGAUCCUGAGAGCCAAGAUAUUGAUCUUAGGUCGACGCCUUGGCCCGAACCGAAGGGAAUGGCACCUGAACCCGUGAUGCAGCCAGUGUUAAUGAACAUCCAGGGUCCGUUCAACCCUCAAUUCAAUAGUAUGCCGCCUCCCUCUUUCCAAGGCAUGCCGCCAAGGUUCGCCGGUCCGGGUGGGCCGAUGGGACCGGGAAUUCCCAACAACUUCGUCCCUCCAAACGUGAUGCCUGGUGGCAAUAUGAUGGGGCCGGGCCCCAACCAUCCCAACAUGGGGCCGCCCAACGACAUAAUGAUGAACCAAAUGAACCCGAAUAUGUUCCCGCAAGGUGCGAUGAAUGAUGGAUACGGGCAGGGACCGGACUUUCCCAUGUUCAACAACCCCACCGGGCCCCCCAAUAUGUUUCCUCCGAAUAAUUUCAACAACAGUCACAGACCCAACCACCGGGGCGGUGGUUUUCGACGGGGUAAUGGAAACAACGGUGGCAACUGGGUGAGGAUGAACAACGACCGAGGCAACUGGAGGAGAGGUGGUGGUGGUGGCCACAGGGGUGGUAGGUUGUGUAAAAACGUGCAGAAUCACGGAUACUGUCGGAACAGGGAUAAUUGUCCGUUCGUACAUCCGUGAAGUUUUAUAUGUAACGACGAACAGCGUGAGAUUUGUCGCGCAGAUAAAAUGUGAUAUUUGAUUGCGGAUGGUCGGUCCAUGAUAAUUGUGAUAUUAAUAAUUACUGUGUAUCAGUGCGAAAAUGUAAAUAUAGUGUAAAUAGACUUAUUCAUAUUGAAUUGUUUUGCUUGCUAGUUGAAAGGACAACUUGUAAAGUGUGUAUAGUAUUUAUUACGUUUUUCUAUGAUGUUUUCUGAAGAAUAAUAUUAUAAUUUUAAAUAUAUUGGA